AUGUGGCUCUGGCUCCUGAGCGCAGUCACCUCCUCCUGUCAGUGCCAACAGGACGUGAAGAUGCGUGUCCUAUGGAGCCUCCUGCUGGGAGCCUUGGCGACCUGCGCCUGCGCCUCCGCCCUCUACGUUGGCGAUGACUGUGCCGUGAAGGACACCAUUCGGUUCGAGAAGCUGCUCUUCGGGUCCAUCAAGUUCACCGCCCACGCGCCCUCCAACGGAAGCAUCUUCACGGCCAAGGUGGCCUGCGACAGCGAGCAUUGGUACCACGACACCUUCACCGUCACGCGCAGCUCCGUCACGCUCCACAGGUUCCACGCAUCCGGCAAGGAGAGCGUGACGUACCCGGCGCCCGCGGUGAGUGAGAGCUGGAUCGAGUUCCACAUCAAGUUCGGCAAAACCUACGAACUGGGCUUUGGUCUGAAGUGCGACGUCGGGAGCAUCGACGUAAGCGAGGGGACGUUCGUGGCCUCCUGUCCUCAGGGAACCCCCAAGUGGGAGGUCGAGGGCGAGAGGUGCGCCCGCGUGCCCGUGUCUGCCUCUGAGUACGAGCGGAAGCUGGACUUAUCACUGGCGUCGAGGUACUUCUUCAGACCCAUGUUCGUCCUCGACGGGGUACAGGUCCACCUAGGGACGAGUGAAAGGCGAGCUGUGGCGGCCUCUGGGGCCAGGCUGUCUCCGCUCCCGCCGUCGACGCAGCGGGUUGUGCUCUCCUUUGCGCCUGACGGAGGCAAGGUGUCUGUCAAGGUGUUGAUGGCAGGUGAGAUGUUGCACACGUUGACCCUGAGGAGAGAACCACGAGAGGUAGAGGUGUGUGGAGAGGAAAAGACGAAGUUUAUGCUGGUGCUGAAAGAGACUAAGCAAACGAAGAACGAACGUGGAGCAUUGCACGAAGAGCUAACAUGUGAGGAAACAAUCAACGACGACUACGUGAGCGCCGACUUUUUCGCAUAA